CGAACAGUGACAAUCAUGGCUGAGAAAAAUCCAUAUAAGCAUCUACUGAGGACAAUCAAGAUCGGAGAAAAGGAACAUUGCUAUUAUGAUCUUGGCAGUCUUGGAGCAAAAUAUGACAGACUACCAUUUUCCAUCAGAGUUCUCUUGGAGAGUGCUGUACGGAACUGUGAUGAGUUUCAAGUGACGAAGAAAGAUGUUGAAAAAAUUUUGGAUUGGGAGAAUAAUCAAAUGCUGCAGGAGGGAGUCGAAGUGGCUUUCAAACCAGCCAGAGUAUUGCUACAGGACUUUACUGGGGUGCCUGUAGUAGUAGACUUUGCUGCAAUGAGAGAUGCUGUGAAAAAACUUGGUGGUGAUCCUAAUAAGAUUAACCCAAUCUGUCCAUCAGAUCUUGUAAUUGAUCAUUCAGUACAAGCUGAUUUUACAAGAAGCUCGGACUCCUUGAAAAAGAACGAAGACCUCGAAUUUGAGAGAAACAAGGAGCGUUUUAUGUUUCUCAAAUGGGGCGCGAAAGCGUUCGAAAAUAUGUUGAUUGUUCCUCCUGGCAGCGGAAUCGUGCAUCAAGUAAAUUUAGAGUAUCUGGCUAGAGUGGUAUUCGACAAUAACAAACUCCUGUAUCCCGACAGUGUAGUAGGCACGGAUUCUCACACCACCAUGAUCAAUGGUCUCGGUGUACUCGGAUGGGGAGUUGGUGGGAUUGAGGCAGAGGCUGUUAUGCUUGGCCAAGCAAUCUCUAUGAUAAUACCAAAAGUCGUGGGAUACAAACUGGAGGGUGCGUUGAACCAAUAUGCAACAUCCACCGAUCUUGUCCUUACAAUUACAAAGAAUCUUCGGCAAAUCGGAGUAGUAGACAAAUUCGUCGAGUUCUUCGGACCUGGAGUAACUCAAUUAAGCAUUGCUGAUCGUGCUACGAUAUCCAACAUGUGUCCAGAAUACGGCGCAACCGUGGGCUUCUUCCCAGUGGAUGAGCAGAGCUUGAUGUAUUUGAAACAAACAAAUCGAUCUGAGGAACACAUUAACAGGAUUGAAAAAUAUCUCAAGUCCGUGCACAUGCUGAGAAACUACGACGAUCCGAGCCAGGACCCAAUCUUUUCCGAAGUUGUCACUUUGGACUUGAACACUGUCGUCUCGAGUGUUAGCGGACCCAAGAGACCUCACGAUAGAGUUUCGGUAACCGACAUGCAAAUGGAUUUCAAAAAUUGUCUCAUAAAUAAGAUAGGCUUUAAGGGUUACGGCAUAAGCGAAGCGAAAAUUAAUUCCGCAGGUGCGUUGGAAUAUGAGGGAAAAGAAUACAAGCUGAAGCAUGGCUCGGUGGUUAUUGCGGCGAUCACCAGUUGUACGAACACCAGCAAUCCGAGCGUUAUGCUUGGAGCAGGUCUUCUCGCUAAGAAGGCAGUCGAAGCGGGCUUGAGCGUCGCGCCGUACAUCAAGACAUCAUUGUCGCCCGGCUCCGGAGUAGUGACUUAUUAUCUCCAAGAAAGCGGAGUAAUUCCGUACUUGACGAAGUUGGGAUUCGACGUGGUGGGUUACGGAUGUAUGACCUGUAUCGGCAAUAGCGGUCCUCUCCCUGACGUCAUUACUCAAACUAUUGAAAAGAAUGAACUCGUCUGCUGCGGGGUUCUGUCGGGUAACCGGAACUUCGAAGGUAGAAUUCACCCGAACACCAGGGCAAACUACUUAGCCUCUCCGCUCUUGGUGAUAGCUUAUGCUAUCGCCGGCACUGUGGACAUUGACUUUGAGAAAGAUCCUUUAGGUUGCAAACCCGACGGUACCCCGGUGUAUCUACAGGAUAUAUGGCCGACCAGGGCCGAUGUUCAAGCCGUAGAGCAGAAGCAUGUUAUUCCAGCUAUGUUCAAAGAAGUUUACGAGAAAAUCGAGAAAGGCAGCAGCAGUUGGGCGAGCUUGGUUGCCCCUAACGGCAAGCUGUAUCCAUGGGACUGUAACUCCACGUAUAUCAAAAGUCCGCCUUACUUCGAUGACUUGCAGAAGCAACUACCUCCGAUAAAGUCGAUCACGAGAGCGCGAGCACUCGUGAAUCUCGGUGAUUCUGUUACGACCGACCACAUCAGUCCGGCUGGUAGCAUUGCGCGUAAUUCGCCGGCGGCGAGAUACCUCACAAGUCGCGGCUUGACACCAAAGGAGUUCAAUUCGUAUGGCUCGCGCAGAGGAAAUGAUGCUGUGAUGAUGCGCGGCACGUUCGCAAAUAUCCGUCUGCUGAACAAAUUUCUCGGUAAACAGGGACCACGAACGAUCUACAUUCCAACCAAAGAAGAGAUGGAUAUAUACGACGCUGCCGAGAGAUACAAGAAGGAUGGAACCGCCCUGAUCGCCCUAGUUGGUAAGGAAUACGGAUCGGGAUCGUCCAGAGAUUGGGCCGCCAAGGGACCGUAUUUGCUUGGCAUCCGUGCGGUUAUAGCCGAGUCGUAUGAGAGAAUACACAGGUCCAAUCUCGUCGGUAUGGGUAUUGUACCGCUAGAAUACCUACCCGGGCAGAAUGCAGAAUCGUUGGGACUAACGGGCUACGAGGAGUACAACAUCGCGAUUCCCGAGAACUGUCAACCCGGGGAGAAAGUCACCGUGACCACCGACGACGGCAAGAAGUUCGAAGUGAACGUGCGAUUCGACACGGAAGUCGACUUGACUUAUUUCAAACACGGCGGCAUUCUAAAUUAUAUGAUUAGAACAAUGCUUUGAUGAGAUUCCUGUCUCAAGAGAACGCAUUCUCUCUGAGAUGGUUACUUAACGAGAUACUUAUAUCGGUUUUGGGGUAUACACAUAAAAACUAUAUCUCUAGGCAAAAUUGAUAUGUUUAAGCGCGCGAAAAGAACGCGGUUGAGGGUUAUAUUUUGCGAGCGCGUUAUAACGAAUGAUGAAUAUCGCGAUGCUUAGCUUUUGUGAUUUUUUUUUUUUUAUUCUAAGAGACAACCUCUACAUGGGAAAUGCAAUGUCUGUACAGCGUGUCGGUAACAGAUGUACCUGUAUAGUACGUUUGGUAA